UAGUCCGCCUUAUCAGUGUACCUAGAGACUGUUUGAGAUGCUAUCAACUUUCUGUUAAAUUUGUUUUCUCUUUUAUCUCAUUCUUCCCCAUCUUCGCAUCCUUCCAAAUCCACAAACAGACACCAAAUAAGCUCAACAGCCAUCCUCUCCCAACUGUAUCAUCUUAACCUAAUUCCAUUUCUUUAUAUUUUAUAUAUAUAUAUAUAUGUGUGUGUGUGUGUAUCACUUAACAUACAAUUGCAACUGCUUCUCUUCUUCAUCAUCAUCACAAAAACCCUAAUGAGUACUCUCUCCGAAGCUUUCAGAGACUUCCCUCUUCAUCUCCACCACAUCAUCCCUCUGGACUUCAACUCCGCCAGGGUUGUGCCUGAGUCUCAUAUUUGGCCUAAAUCCGACGAUUUCUCAUCCCAUGAUUGUGAUCAACAGCAACCCACAAAUUCUCUCCCUCUUAUUGACCUAAAUGAUCCCCAGGCAAAGCAGCUUAUAGGCGAUGCAUGCGAGACAUGGGGUGCGUUUCAGGUGGUUAACCACGGCAUUCCUUUGAAUCUUCUAAACGACGCCGAAUCUGAGACCCGGCGCCUCUUUUCUCUCCCAACCACACAAAAGCUGAAGGCCCUACGUGCUCCUGGAGGAGCCACUGGCUAUGGCAUCGCCCGGAUUACUCCUUUUUUCUCUAAGUAUAUGUGGCAUGAAGGGUUCACUGUCAUUGGCUCACCAUUUGAACAUGCUAAACAGCUUUGGCCUCAUGAUGAUGCACAGUUUUGUGAUGUCAUAGAGAACUACCAGAAGGAAAUGAGGAUUCUAGCAGAAAGAUUAACGAAGUUGAUCUUCAAGUCCCUGGAAAUCUCUGAAAAAUCUUCAACAUGGGUUGCUUCAAAUUCAACGAAUGCUUUACAGCUCAACUCCUACCCGUCCUGCCCCGACCCGAAUCGAGCUUUGGGUCUGGCUCCACACACAGACACAUCCCUGUUAACAAUUCUUCGCCAAAGCAGCAUCAGUGGGCUUCAGAUUUUCAAAGAAGGCGUCGGCUGGGUGUCGGUGCUUCCUAUUUCCAAUGCCCUUGUAGUCAACGUCGGUGACCUACUCCACAUUCUGUCAAAUGCUCGAUUUCCCAACGUUCUUCACCGUGUCUUGGUGAACCAGAAGCGGCAAAGAUUGUCGAUGGCUUACUUCUAUUGCCCUCCGAUGGAGUUUGAACUUGUGCCUGUGACUGCAUCAGGCCAAGCUCCGAGAUAUCGGCCUGUGACCAAGAAAGAAUUUAUAAGCAUAAAGGCAAAGCAUCUCGACAAAGCACUUUCUCUUAUCAAACUUUAAUAUAUAUAUAUAAAAUCAAGGUCUUGUAAUUUUCUGAAUCUGGGUCAUGCCAAUUUGUAGCCUAAUUGGUUAGAAGUACUCAAUAGUCCUUUGUUGAAGUAGUUUUUCUUUUUCAAUUAGGCGGAAAUGGGAUUUUCUUAAAUUUCUCUGAA